AUGAAAUUUACAAGCAUUUUGACUUCUAUAAUUGGCGCUUCCCUUGGUGUUGGUGUUUUUGGUGAGAAUACUUUUAGUUCUUCUAUUUCUAUUUCCUGUGAAACUAUGCCGGAGCCAACAUUAGAAAAUACUCCAGCAGGUGUUUCUACUUUCACAGCUUUUCGUGGUGGUUCUUCAUACAUUAAAGUUGUCACUUAUUACAACUCGAUAACUUAUAUUUCCAAUUGUACUCCAACCACCACAAAUACACCAACUUCUACCAUUAUUGUUGGUUAA